AUGUGUGACCAGCCGCUGAUUCCAUCUUGCCUGCCGCUCCCCCAGUCCUGUGUGAAGGGUUCCUCCUUCUUCCCCUCCCCCUCCCCCUGUGCCACAGGCCAGGUAGUGGUCCAAGCUCCUUGUGAGAUGCAAAUUGUGGAAUGCCCUGCACCAUGCCCAGUUCAAGUUUCCCAGGUGAAGUGUGUGGCUCCAUGCCAAUCCAAGACCACCCAGGUGAAGGGCCAAGCUCCCUGUCAGACUCAGACCACCCAGGUGGAAAGCCAGGCCGCGUGCCAGUCUGAGGUUUCCUAUGUGCAGUGUGAAGUCCCAUGUCCCGUUCAGACUUGCUACAUAGAACAUGCUCCAGUUUGCUGCAGAGAAACUUGUUACGUGGAAUACCCAGUCCAGACCUGUGUAACCUGUCCAGUUCCACAGCCUGUCCAGACUUACGUAACAUAUUCCCCAGUGUGCCAGAAUCAGGGGAGAUUCUCCGUCCAGGGCCAAUAUCAGGGCUCCUACAGUAGGUGCACCCCCCAGAGUCAGUCCAGAGCCUCGUUUAGCACUUGUGCACCCCAGUGCCAGACCCAGGGCUCUUAUGGGAGCUUCACUGCACUGCGUCGGUCUCAGAGCGCCAGAAGAUGCCUCCCUUUUUCUCAGCUGGAGUCUUCUUACCGCAGCUGCUCCUUACCACGGGGCCUUGGGUGCUACUACAGCAUCUGCCUGCCAUCAAGAUGCUGUUCGGAUUCCUGUUACUGCACCCCGCCCCGCCGCUCUGAGCCCAUCUAUAACAGCGGCUGUUCUCGGAGUCGCACUUCAGGCCGCUCUCAGAGAUGUGGACCCAAGUGUCGAGUAGAGAUUUCCUCCCCCUGCUGUCCCAAGCAAGUCCCCCCACAGAAGUGUUCUGUUCAGAUUCCUCCCAUUGGACGCUGCUCCAAGAUCUGUGCCCCACCGUUCUCCUGUCGUGCCUCCUGCCCCGACCUGAGGCCAUGCCAACUCCAUUGCUGCUGCCAUGUCCGCUUCCUGAACCUCGGCCAUAUCCACGUCCCUGUCCGCUUCCUGAACCUCGGCCAUAUCCACGACCCUGUCCGCUUCCGGAACCUCUGCCAUAUCCACGACCCUGUCCGCUUCCUGAACCUCGGCCAUAUCCACGACCCUGUCCGCUUCCUGAACCUCUGCCAUAUCCACGACCCUGUCCGCUUCCGGAACCUCGGCCACAUCCACGACCCUCCAUGUGAUCUCCCAGAACCUCGUCCACUUCCAGAGCCAAUUCCCCUUCCAGAGCCCUGCCCAAGUCCAGAGCCGUGUGUGGAGCCUCAGAGCUAUCCCAAUCCAUGCUCAGGCCCUAAGCCAAUUCCAUGCCCACCAGACCUGGGCUGUCAGGAAUCUAGUCCGUUCCGCCUAGACUCUGAGGUGCCCAGCUGUGGUCCAGGUGGUUAUAACCAGGGGAGAGAGUGA